UUGUGCAGUGCGGAAGGUAUGACAGCAGAAUUAAUAUUAAGUGAGAAGAAGCCGCCCACAGCAGAGGAUGAGGCCUUUAAGCGAAAGAACGUGUUUUACAGAUCAAUCCAGAGACUAAAAAGGAAGAAGAAACUACCCGUGGAAAAGAAACCACCCGUGGAGAAAAAACAAACUGUCCCUCCUCCUCCCACACCUUCAGCACCAGCACCACCACAACGUAUGAGUUCAGUAAGCGACUCAGUAAUCAGCAACUCUCCCUCCCUCAAUAAACUCAAACUCCCUGGUAUGCAAUCCUCUCCAUCCCAAAAUGGGACUGCAGUCCAGAGAUCACGAGAGCGGUCUGAUUCGGGACGGAAACCCUCCCCGUCCCCAAACAACCCCAGUGCAAGAAACAGGGAACGGUCAGAUUCGGGACGCGGGAAAGCUUCAGACUCGGGACGGAAAGCUUCAGCUCCUCCAGAAAUGAUCAAGUCAGCCAAGAGUGAAAUCGAUAUCAAAGCCAAUGGAAAGAAAUCGAGACCGUUCAGUAUGUUUUCUAAGAAAGAAGAGCCCCCAAAACAACCUUCCAGCCCUAAACCGGAUCAUUUCAGAGAUGUAAAACUCAAAAAGACUAUCACAGAAACCAAAGUGGUUCCCAAAACGACAGAACGGUACAAGUUAUUUGAAAGCGUUUACCAAGUGUCCCUGACAGCUGAGUUGGACGAAGCUUCUGGUAAACUGAAACUGAAACCUGUGGUGUCAUGGAGUCACCCUCCGCUGGGGUCCACCCAGUGUCGCAACAUUGCUGCUACUGAAAAAAUAGUACCAGAGUUCGCGUUUCCUGACCUAGAUAUACUGGAAGUCAAAAGAACAAACUUCCUGACGGAGACGUACGCUUUUGUGCAGACAGACAUGUCGGCUGCCAGAACAGUCGGUUACUGCCGCAGAUUUAAGUACAAGGAUACAGUCGCCAGUCGCUUACGGGCAGGUACUGAUGCUAGCGUGAGACAAUCGAACGAAGACAAAAACCGGAAAUUGACCCGUAAUCAACGGAGACUCCUCAAGAUCAGAGUGUGGUGUAUUGUGACCAAACUCCACUGCUUUGAUACCUUCAGUAUGAUAUUUGACGAGGUUCAUAAAAUUAGAAGAGAAAGCACAACAAACGCGGACAGCGAAGUUUUCUCAUUUCUUAAAUCUAUCGGUGAAGCUGCAGCUCCCUUACCGGGAUAUUCAAUGCAAGUCCAGUACAUAAGUAAGGACAGUGCAGAAAAUGAGAUGGGUCUGUACGACAUAACCAGACCAGGUCCUGAGGAUAGAAUCAACCUUUUGAAAAACAUAAACCUAUUAAACAAGCUGUCCAAGAACAUGCUGAUCAUCAUUAUGACAGCCCUCUUCACUGAAAGCAAGGUACUGUUUCUAGAUAAGUCACUAUCCUCGUUAACCUCAACUCUCCAUGCUCUAACCUCUCUCCUCUACCCUCUGAAAUGGGUCUGUAUCUACAUUCCCAUGUUAUCUGUUGGUAUCAGGGCCCUUGUCCGAGAUCUGGUCCAAUCUCCUUCACCCUACGUUAUAGGAAUGCUGAAGAACGAUUACAGUAAAGUGCGAGAGUACGAACUGAAGGACACGGAAGUCCUAGUGGUGGAUCUGACCAGGGGCCAGCUGGACGACAUGAGGGACGAGGAAGCCAAGAUUCUGCCCAUCUCAGAAGCUUCUAGGAAGUCUCUCAAGCAUCAGUUACGAGAAGUGAAGAAGAAUAACGAACCGGUUGAACAAAGCGAAAUUUGGAGAUCUUUUCUUAAACCGUAUCUCGGUAAAAUAGACGAGCUCUGCUAUCGUGCUGAAAAGGUUGACGGAAUAAGGAGAAUUCCGAUGGCCAGUUACAUCGAAGAAAUCAAAGAGUUGAAGCCUGGUGAUGAAAAAUUUGCUCAAAAGUUGUUUAGCACUCAGAUGUCUCAGUUAUGGUUACAAAAACAAAGACUUGCUAUGACCAGACACUGACGACACGCCUAAUGUACCGGCAGCUACGUACUUACUGCUGCGCAAAUUUUUAAUUUAUUGACUUUUAAGCCGUAAGUGAAGGGUUGACAUUAUUAUUUGAAUUAUGUAUCCUUCAGAUUGUUUAUUGAUUUGCUCUUAAUUUUAUAUUGUUAAGUUGCCACCUGAUCUUAUGACUGUCUUACUGAUAGUUUAAUUGAUGUAAACUUAUACGUAAAUGCACUUUUUUAUAUUCUUUAUUGAAAAUAAUCAUUUGAGUAGAACUAAAAGAGACUUAUAAGUGAUAUAAUACAGCAUGGAGAGCGAUGGGGACCAUUGUUAUUAUAAGCCAAUUAUCCGACAAAUUUGUAUUUCUCCAACGCAUGAAGAAUGGCAAUGAUCCCGAUAUAAUAUAAUAAGGCUGUGUAUUAAGUCUAAGAAUGACAACGGUUGUGUAUGACAAUUUAAAGAGACUGUUUUUAUUAAUAAUAAGUGAAUCUUAUGAGUUUGUGACUUUAAAAUUGACUUGGGGUUGUUGACAUAUUACGUAAGCCAGAUGUUGCCCCCCCCCCCCCCCUGAUCCCCUCCGUAAGUCACUUUACACAUAUUUAGUGUUCAGAAAUAUCAGUAAGCUUUGUCAAACCUCCUCCUGCUGACUUAUGUAAUAUGUGAACGACUGUUGUAACAUUGACCCAG